CUAACAGAGCAAAAACCAAACUCGGUCUUUGUCUUCCUUAUCUUCUCCUUUCUCUCUCUCUCUCUCUUCGUCGUAUGAACGCAUCGUAACAGAAUUCCGGUGAUCAUCGCCGGAAUAAUCAACCGAUUUUCCAGAUUCCGAUUAUCCCUAAAUGGCAAUCAGCUUCCGGAAAGCCGUCGGAGCGCUUAAAGAUUCCACCACCGUCAGCAUCGCAAAGGUCAACAGCGAAUUCAAGGAUUUGGAUGUUGCGAUCGUCAAAGCAACAAAUCACGUCGAAUCUGCUCCCAAAGAACGCCAUAUUCGUAAAAUAUUCUCUGCAACAUCUGUAACAAGACCACGAGCAGAUGUUGCUUACUGCAUUCACGCAUUAGCCAAGAGAUUAUCCAAAACUCACAAUUGGGUUGUCGCGAUCAAAGUGUUAAUAGUGAUUCAUAGAACACUAAGAGAAGGUGAUCCCACAUUCAGAGAAGAGUUUCUCAAUUACUCACACAGAGGACAUAUACUUCGAAUAUCUAACUUCAAAGACGAUACAAGUCCUCUUGCUUGGGAUUGCUCUGCUUGGAUUAGAACAUACGCGCUUUUCCUUGAGGAGCGGCUUGAGUGCUAUCGAGUUUUGAAGUAUGACAUAGAGGCAGAGCGUUUACCAAAAGGUUCAGGUGCAUCUUCAAAGAAGGUGGAUUUCAAUGCUUCUCAAACGUAUAGAACAAGGAUGUUAUCUGAUGAAGAACUGCUAGAGCAGUUACCUGCUUUGCAGCAGCUACUUUACAGGCUUAUCGGUUGUAAGCCAGAAGGAGCAGCCUAUAGCAACUAUUUAAUCCAAUACGCACUUGCAUUGGUGCUUAAAGAAAGCUUCAAAAUAUACUGUGCCAUUAAUGAUGGAAUCAUUAACCUUGUAGACUUGUUCUUUGAGAUGUCAAGACAUGAUGCAGUAAAAGCUCUAAACAUAUAUAAACGGGCCGGCCAACAGGCUGAAAAUCUGGCUGAUUUUUAUGAGUACUGCAAAGGUCUAGAGCUAGCGAGGAACUUUCAGUUCCCAACCUUAAGACAGCCUCCUCCGUCUUUUAUUGCAACAAUGGAAGAUUACAUUAAAGAAGCGCCUCAAAGUGGUUCUGUACAGAAAAAGCUGGAGUAUCAAGAAAAGGAGGAGGAACAAGAACAAGAAGAAGAACACUCUCCGCAGCCUGAAGAACCUGCAGAAACCGAUAAUCAAAAUGAAAACACCGAAGCAGAACAGCCGCUUAUCGAAGAAGAGGAAGAGGAGAAAGAAAAAGUAGAAGAGGAAGAUGCUAAACCUUCAUUUUUGAUAGACACCGAUGACUUGCUGGGUCUGGGUGAGAUAAACCCAAAAGCCGCAGAGAUAGAGGACCGAAAUGCAUUGGCUCUCGCAAUAUAUCCACCAGGUCAUGAAGCUCCAGGCCCAUCAAACAGUUUAAGCUUAAUAGAAACAGGUGGAUCCGGUUGGGAACUAGCACUGGUCACUCCUCAAAACAACAACAACAACAUUGCUCGCCCCGCGUCUGACACCAAACUUGCAGGAGGAUUCGACAAGCUACUGCUUGACAGUCUGUACGAGGACGAUUCAGCGAGAAGACAGAUCCAACUAACCAAUGCUGGCUAUGGACAUGGUGGCACAGACACAGCAGCAGCAGCAGCAGCACCACCACCACCAAACCCAUUCGAGAUGCAACAAGAUCCCUUUUCAGUGUCCAAUAACAUUGCUCCUCCAACUAAUGUUCAAAUGGCAAUGCAACAACAACAGAUGAUGAUGAUGCAUCAAAGUCCUUAUAACUACUCUCAUCCUCAAGAUCAUCAUCAUCAUCAACAUAAUCAUCAGUUCUCAGCUGCAGGUUCUUCUCCUUCUAAUCCUUUUGGAGACCCUUUCCUUGCCCUCCCGCCUCCACCAGGCUCAGCUGGUCCGCAGCAGCAAAACAGCCAUCAUCAUAUGCUCCUCUAGAGUAACAACAUCUCACUUGAUAAUAUCUGUGUUUGAUGUGGCAUUCUUUCAUUCUUUCUACCUCUUCUAUUCACUGGUGAUGUCUUAGCCCUUUUUUGCCAAUAAAUUAUGUUUUUCUUUUGUAUUGUCUCUUCCUACCUUUUUAAUCUUUCAGCACUUACUUGAUUGGCAUUAUUUUUUAAAAAUUAGUAGUCUGAGUUGUG